AUGUCAGAGAUCCAGAGAGCUAGGCGAGUUGAGAAUGUUGCCCCUGUUGCCGGCCGGACAGCAAGCCUGAAUGUUGCCACUCAUGAGUCUCAUGUGGUAUCUGAGUCCUUGGAGGACUUGGGUAGGUCCCGUUUCGCAACAAUCUGGGAAAAGGAGUUGAUUCGCAGCGUCGGAAUGGCCGUCGACGCAGAUCGUGAGUCCUUCGUGAACAACCUAAUGGAGAAAGGUUUCACGUCAGAUCAGAAUUGGAUCAGGGUCCGUCGAAUGCUGGUCUUGAUGACUUGGAUACUGUGUGGAACAACUCGGGGUGCGUGGGAGGGAUGGGAUGCGGAGAGGAUGUGGGAGGAAUGCAAGAACAGAAUGGAACACCAUAAGUCAGCCGAUUCCUACCAGGACUACCUGAUGACUCUCAAAUUCGCUUCCCCUCCUCACCGUUGA